AUGGUGAAAAUCGAGGAGUUCGCUGUGGAGCGAUGGAUGGAUCUUUAUGAAAAUGACGCCAAGCAUAAUCUCGCCGAGACCUGUUGUGCUUCUAUCUCACUGAAUGAGCUACAGGUCUUCUCAGGUCAGGGAACGGACCUCAUAGACUAUUCGCAGAAACAGGUCUAUGGCGCAAUCCGUGGUUCUACCACUCUCCGGUCGAAUAUUGCUCAUCUCUAUGCAUCAGAGACCUCGGAGCCCCUACGUGCGGAAGACGUACUUGUCACAAACGGGGCAAUUCAGGCCAAUUUCCUGGCUCUCUAUACCAAUGUUGGUGCCGGAGAUCAUGUCAUAUGCCACUAUCCAACUUAUCAACAGUUGUAUUCCGUUCCUGAAUCUCUUGGUGCCGAGGUCAGCCUGUGGAGGUCAUCUGAAGAGAACGGUUGGCAAUUGGAUGUGACGGAGCUCAAGUCCAUGAUAAAGCUCAACACGAAGCUCAUCAUUCUGAACAAUCCCCAAAAUCCGACUGGUGCUGUCCUCCAUCGUGAGACCCUGCAAGAUAUUGUCGACGUCGCACGGCAACAUGACCUGAUCAUUCAUUGUGAUGAGGUUUACCGGCCGCUUUUCCACUCUCUUGACAGUCGUCAGCCAGAUAAUCCGCCGUCAAUUCUUGACUUCGGUUACGAGAAAGCCAUUUCUACUGGAUCCAUGUCCAAGGCGUUUAGUCUGGCUGGUAUUCGUUUAGGCUGGAUCGCUUCCAGAAAUUCGGCAAUGAUCGAAGCAUUUGCCUCUGUCCGGCAUUAUACCCUCAUCUCCGUCGGUCAGCUUGAUGAUCGUGUGGCUACUCAAGCUCUUGCGAGUCCGACUGUCAACAAUUUGCUCGAACGCAAUUAUGAGCUAGCUCGGCAGAAUCUUGAUGACUUGGAGGCUUUUGUACGUGAGUUCAAAGGGACUGUUUCAUGGAUUAGGCCACAGGCAGGUACGACUGCCUUUAUCAAGUUUUCAAAAGAGGGGCAUCCGGUCGAUGAUGUGGCUCUCUGUGAGCAGUUGCUGGAAAAAUAUGGGGUGAUGUUCGUUCCAGGAAGUCAGUGCUUUGGCAAUGGACGUGACUUCAAAGGGUACGUACGCGUUGGGUACGUUCCAGAACGCCAAGCUAUGAUCGAUGGCCUCGACGCUCUGCGCAAGUUUAUGCGUGACGGGUAUUAG